GGUUUCGCCACCCAGGAUAUGUGGCAACAGCAAAAUCAGGGAUAUCAACAGCAGUACACCAAUCUCGGAGUACAGCAGGUUCAGAUGCAACCGCAGACGAUGCAAACGACAGCGCCAACUAUGCAAAAUGCUCAGCCCCAUAUGCAACAGCCCCAUCAAAGCCAACAGCAACAACAGGUUCAGGAGUUGACCCGGGAAUCGAGUCCGAUGGCGGGAUCCCCUGACUCUUACGGGACCUCGUCGGGUGGCGGUCCGAUCAAGAAACAGAAACAGACCAAGAAGAAGAAAGAUCCCAAUGAGCCGAAGAAACCUCUCUCGGCGUAUGCCAUGUUCUUCCGAGACACCCAAGCGGCGAUUAAGGGUCAGAAUCCGAACGCGAGCUUCGGUGAAGUGUCAAAGAUUGUGGCGUCGAUGUGGGAGACCCUUGACGCCGAAAAGAAGAACUCGUACAAACAGAAAGCCGACGAUGCCAAGAAAGAGUAUCUCAAAGCGUUGACCGCGUAUAAAGCCAAUCUCGUUGCCCAAUCAGGCGGAGGCCAGGAUUCGCUGCCGAGUCCGCCUCAGAGCGCGCCUCCUAAUCAACCCCAGAAUACGUUCAGCCAGACUGUUAUGAUCGAACAGCAUCACCCAGCCCAAUGGGCCGCUCAACAGAUGGCCCAACAGCCUCAACAACCCGUGCAGAUCAUCUACGCUCAACACAGCAACCUGCAAGUUCAACAACCGGGUUCUGAAUAUCUGAACAACUCCAACCAAAUGCACAAUCAAUAUGCCGGCCAUUCGACGCUCAACGUGCAAGUUCCGAUGUCAACUGGACAGCAGAUGUUGAGCCAGCAGAUGCACAUGCAACAGUUGGGACAACAGCAGUCUCCGAUCAUGAAGUUGGAAAACAGUCAGCUGGUCCAGCAGCAACAGCAGCAGCAAGCGUCCCAGGUUCAAGCUCAGCCGCAGCAGCAACAAGCGCAAACGCAUCAGCAACAUCAAGUACAACAACAAGCUCCCUUGCCGCAAGCUACUCAGGCGAUACAUGUCCAACAGCAACUGUCAGAAUCGAUGACACCGGAAGCUGCCCAGCAGCAACAGCAAGCCCCGCCGCUGCAACCUCGGCCGCCUUCGAUCAAAACUGAGACAGAUAGUCUCCAGCAAGCUGUUCAGCAAAACGGAGCUGAUCAGCGUCAGCAAGCGCAUCAACAAGACUCGAAAGAUUCGUUUCCUAAUGGUCAUUUAAACAAUAAUGAACCACCUCUUACGCCGACGAGCGAAGACACCGACGGGUGUAUCCACAAGCCGAUGUGCCGGAGGAAAGGUUGCGCCAACACCGCUGUGGACUGCGCUGAGUGGGACAAGGAAUACUGCUCAAACGAAUGCGUCGUCUCUCAUUGCAGAGAAGUCUUCACUAAUUGGGUCACGCAACGUCAGGGCGGGCAACAAGCCGGUCCUGCGGUGGCCGAUCCUUAUUCACUUCGAUUCCAUCUCGAAGACAACGAGGAGACGCGAUCCAUAUGGGAUCACUCGUUCCACAUCACUUACGACCUGCAGAUGUUGGCCUCGAAGGAAUUGCGCACCUCGCUGCAGGUUGUGAAUACCGACGACUCGGCAUUCGAUUUCCACUUCUUGUUCCAUCCGUACUUCAAGCGUAAACAAUUCGGCGACGUUUUCGAUAAACUCCUCGUGACUCAAAUCAUAUUAUAUUCUAACAAACGCGUUGAAGAAUACGUCCAACACGAGAACAUUGAUUCGCAAUAG